AGUGAGUCAGUGGAACGCUGAUGUCGGGAUCAGAAACACCGCCUGUUUCCGAUUUUGCUUUGUCGUCGUUCACCAAUGUUUAGUCUUUCACACACUGCUUUUAGUGUAAGAUAUGGACAGCGUAAGAUAUUUGUCCUACCAUCAGUGGAAGGAGAGUAAAGGCGACACCAGUAAAUGCCCUACAUAUCAUCAGAAACUACUGGAGAAUGUCGAGACACUUGAAUCAAAUGUGGGAGCGAUCGAUAAGCAGAUAACUGGUUAUUUAGAUGCGACUAAAUUUUUCUGUGGGGCAGGCUCCCAGCUGGCAGAAUCCUUUUCAACGGUCUUAAAAGAAACCCCGCUACUAGAAAUCUCCCAACAGCUGAAACAAGUGGUUGAAGAAAUCGACCAUGUUGCUCAUCAGUCGAGUGUUCAUAUCACAAGUCACAUUUUGGGGACGCUUUGCGAGUUCAAGGCGACUUUGCCUGGCCUUAGGCGAGCCAUUGAAGCGCACAAGAGAAGCGUGCAGAAUUACGAAUCGUGUCAAGAAAACCUGGAAUUGUUAGAGAAAGACGAAGGCUUGGUAAACAAUGAUGGCAAGAGACUCAAAACAACCCGACAGAGAUUCCGUGCAGCGACUGAAGAACUGACAACGGAAGAAGAGAAAUUGUACAGAAGCUUUUCUGAAGUAGAGGAAAAUCGAGUCAAGAUGUUGGGUUCCUGCUUCCUCUCCCUGUUACAAGUCCAGUCACAGUUUUUGAUGUCGUCAGCGGACUUGACAGUGUCACUUGGUGGCUUCCAUGAGAUUGGUGACUAUCUGCGGGACAGAGAGGUUACCCUAGCUCUCAAGGAUGCUACAGCAACAUGGCUUUCUCUUGCUCAAUCAAACCAAGCUUUGCGUCAGGGAGAGGUAUUAUCGCGGGAACAGUUGCAAUUCUUGACGUUGGGUAGUCAUGGAGAACUUGCUGAUCCAGAAAGGAAGGAGUUGAUACAAAAAGUCAAUACUUUGCUAAAGAAUUACAAGAAAGUGUUUGAUCGAGCACCAACACCAGAAGCAGACAUACCUGCUGGCUUUCACAAGAAUCCCAGAGGAAUAGAGCUGGCUCUAAAGGGAUGCUGUAGUGAGUUAGAAGCUGUGGCUGCUGGAGGUGUCACAGAAGCUGUCACCAUUCAAGAAAUGGAACAACAGAUCCUAAAGCAGAUUCCUAAAUUACAAUUAAGAAUUGGUGAGACCACAAUUUUGGUUAUUUUCAUCAUACAAUCAUUUACCUUACAAAUGCACUUGGUUCAAGUUCCCUUGGGAUUAGUUAAUGUAUCUAUUUGUACCUAUAAUUGUAAUCAACUGAAAGUUCUGCAAAUUUGGCAUGGCAGAUAUUCUAAAUUUAAAAUAGUAUAUUACAAUAUCUAGAGAGGAAGCCACAUCAGCUUAACCUGGUUUUCAUACGGGUGACCCUCUAUCCUGGUCGUACUGGAAUUCAUUUGGUUUGUUGGUUUUUUGUGGAGGGAGGAAAACCAG